AUGAACACUAGCAUAGCAAAUAGAAGGUAUUCACCACAUUCAAAUUAUAAUAGUUCUUAUAAUACCACAUAUGGCAAUUCAUAUGGUGGUUAUGGGUCGUUGUCACCACAUUCUAGAUAUGGAUCAACGUACUCCUCCUCACCUUACAAUGGAUUUGGUGUUGGGUAUGGUAGUGGUGGUUCAUAUGGCUCACCAUAUAAUCGUUUUGGUGGAAUGGGAAUGAUGGGACCACCACUGCCAGGCGGGCAAUUUGGCAGACCAGAUGAUAUGAUGACGACGAUGUCGCUAACGCAAAGAAUCGAAGCCAACACAGCAGCAGGGUUUCAAAUGAUCGAAUCGAUGGUGAAUGUUUUUGGCGGUUUGGCACAAAUGUUAGAAUCGACCUACUUUGCUACACAUUCAUCGUUUAUGGCGAUGGUUGGCGUGGUGGAACAAUUUGCAAAUCUUGAAAUGUGUCAAGCACUCUAUGAUUUCAGGGGUGAGACACCAAUCGAAUUAACGUUUCAACGUGGUGAUAUAAUAGCUAUUAUGAGCAAGGUGGAUGAUACGUGGGGACAACCUUCUCAAUGGUGGAAAGGCCGAUUAAGAAAUGGCGAGCAAGGAUUUUUUCCAGCAAACCAUGACGAUAAUCAAUUGUUAUCGCCUUAUUCACACAAUCAAAUCCCACCAAUGAAUCAAAAGCUUCGAAUAGCAAGCUUUAAUAUCCGAUAUGAUUCUAAGGGUAUCGAUCCAUCCCCACGAGCCACGAAUGAAGGUUUCAUAAUCAAUCAGAAGCUAGAAAAACGUCAAGCAAAAGAACAACCGUGGAAUAUUAGAAAAUAUAAGGUUGCUGACACUAUACUGUUUCAUAAGAUUGAUGUCAUUGGCAUACAGGAAGCAAUCUAUUCGCAAAUUAAAGAUUUGGAAUCGUUGUUGGCUAAAAAUAAUGAUGAUGAUUGGGGCUGGGUUGGCGUUGGUAGACAUGAUGGCAAACCAGAUGGAAAUGAAGGGGGCGAGUUUACCCCUAUUUUUUAUAACAAAAAUCGACUGAAAUUAUUGGAUUUUGAACAUUUUUGGCUUUCUGAAUCCAUUUUUAUGUGA